CUGCUGAUAAUGGAAAUCCUACGACUAUGUAUAAUGUUGGAAGUGCUUAUUGGAUUGGAAAAGGUGUAGUUAAAGAUCAGGAAAUUAGUUCCAAGUACUUAAAAAUGGCACCUAAGAAAGAUCAAUACAAUGCUAUUGCUAUGUGCAAGAAGCUCGGAAUUACUUAUUAA